UAUACCAUCGAGUUUGUACCAAUGUCAACAACUUGAGAGUAUUCGCUUGUCAGACAACAACUUUGGCGGAUAUGUGCCUACACAAAUUUGGAAUAUCACACUGUUGAAGGAAUUAGACCUUGGUUCGAACCAUUUGAGGGGACAUUUGCACGCACAAUAACCUUCAAAGACUCAAACUACUUCACCUGUCGUGGAACAAAUUGGAAGGAGAUAUACCAUCGAGUUUGUACCAAUGUCCACAACUUGAGAGUAUUCACUUGUCAGGCAACAACUUUGGUGGACAUGUGCCUUCACAAAUUGGGAAUAUCACACUGCUUAAGGAAUUGGAUCUUGGUUUGAACAAUUUGAGAGGUUAUAUUCCGAAAGAGAUUAGUUAUCUUAAUUAUUUAGAGGUCUUAGACAUGAGGAGCAACAAAUUUAGCGGAUGAUUACCCAGACAACUUUGGAACGUCACAACUCUUCGUGAAUUAUACAUUGCCAACAUCUCUUUAAUUGGUGGUAUUCCAAAAGAGAUUGAUAAUCGAUCUUAAUAAUUUGGAGAUAUUAGACAUGAGUUACAACAAUCUUAGUGAACCAUUUCCAAGACAAAUUUGGAACAUCACAACUCUCCAUGAACUACACCUUCGUGAUGCCUCUUUAAAUGGUAUAAUACCAUCCACCAUUGAGAAUCUAUCAAAUCUGCAGUGGCUAGAGCUCUCUUCCAACCAAUUAAAUGGUCCAAUACCGUCUACCAUUGGAAAUCUAUCAAAUUUGAUUAUUUUAUCGCUCUCUUCCAACAAAUUAAACGGUCCAAUACCAUCCACCAUUGGCAAUCUAACAAAUCUGAUUACUUUAUCGCUCUCUUCCAACAAAUUAAAUGGUGAGCUUCCAUCCUCCAUCUGCAACUUGACAUCCCUUGAUGUUCUUCUUCUCUCAAAUAACAGUUUGGAAGGGACAAUUCCACAGUGCUUUCAAAACUUCCAAUCUUUGCUCAUCUUUCAUUUAAAUGCAAAUCACUUUAGCGGCCUCAUUCCAUCAAUAUUCAUAAAAGGGUGUAGUCUUAUCUCCAUCAAUUUGAGUGGUAAUAAAUUGCAAGGAAGCUUACCUAAAUCCUUAAUCAAUUGCAAAAGUCUUAAGGGCCUCGAUGUCGGAAAUAAUAGAAUACUAGACAAAUUUCCAUUUUGGAUGGAAGCUCUUCCUCAGCUUCGAGUGCUAGUUUUGAAGUCUAACAAAUUUGAUGGUAACAUGUCGUUGCCUUCACAAAGCUACCUUUCGUUUCCCAAGUUGCAAGUUUUAGAUAUAUCGAGGAAUGCAUCUGGGGGAUCUCUACCUCAAAGAUAUUUCAAGAAUUUUAAAGCAAUGAUGGAUGUGAAGGCCAAUUAUGAGGAUAUGAACUUUGUAGCUCACGUGGAGAUGACAAUGACCUUGAGUUAUAUAAUACUUGAAGCAGAGUUAUUAUUUUAUUUCACGGUGAGAAACCGCGAUGAGGAUUUUUUUUUUAGCAGUCAAUAAUUAUUAUUUAUUAUUUCAGAUUAUAAUUGACUUAGCAAAGUCAUGUUAUUUAAUUUUUACAAUAUAUAGUAAUAUUAUUAGUUAUUACUAUUA